GGGCGGUCGAGGAUCGACUGAGGACAAGCCGGGCGAGGUCCCCACGUGGAGUGGAGGUGCGUGCAGCGACCUAGCCUACACAAAAACGGCGCUGCGGAUGCCAAGAAUCCGGCCAUAAUGUUGAAUCGGGCUGGCCGAGACAACGGACCGCGAGCUAGUUGGGCACGCCAUGCAAAGCCUUAGCCCACAGUCCUAGCAGAAUUCCCGGGACGUCGCGUAACACCGCGCGGGCUGUAAUCCUGGACCUCCAGCCCUGUUUGUUGAGUCGGUGUGGCCGAAUCAACGGGCCGCAAGCUAGUUAGGUAUGCAACGCAUAGCCUUCGCCCACAGCCCUGGCAGAGUUCCAGCGAUGCCCGCCCUAGCCUAAACACGCGCGGCUCUGCGGGUACCAGGACUCAUGCCGUGAAUGUUGAAUCGGGCUGGCCGAAACAACGCAGAGUUCCAGCGCGAACGGCGCCAGCCUGAGCAACCUCAGUGCAUCUGAGAACCGGAAUCCCUACAUGCGGCCUGCUACCAAACCUCCAGCCGUGUUUGUUGGCACGGGCCUGCCGAAACAACGGACCGCAGGCUAGAUGGGCAUGCGAAGCGAAGCCGUAGCCCACAAUCCCGGCGGAGUUCCACAGCGGACGGCGCUAGCCUGUACAGACUCAGCGCCCGAGACCCUAGCAGAAUACCACAUAUUUUGCCUGCCCACGUGCGGCGUGCUACCAGAACUCCAGCCGCGUUGGGUGAGUCGGGCCAGCCGAAACAACGGACCGCAGGCUCGAUGGGCAUGCGAAGCGUAGCCGUAGCCCACAGUCCUGGCAGAGUUCCAGCGCGGACGGCGCUAGUCCGUACAGACGCUGCAAGGGGGGCAUGUGAGACAAAGCCUGAGCCCACAGCCCGGCAUGGAAAGCGAACUGUUGCGGACAACCCCCUUGCCUACAAAAGCAUAGUGAAACAGACGACCCCAUUCAAACCCCCCACCUGCGCACGGUCGUUGCUGGGAAGAUGGCGGGUGCGGCCAUCUUCCCACCCCACCGGGGCGCUUUCGACAAGAGCAGGCAGCAGGAGGGAAGAGACGAGAGCAGAGGAGGAGGAGGAGGAGGAGGAGGUUGGCGGACCCACACCACGGUACCCGCAACUGCAGAUGUCCGGGACCUUCGCCAAACGAAUUCUCACUGAGCACGCAACGUCCGCCACCGGGGGCGUCGCCCCCCCCCCUGCCGGCAGCGAGCGCGCGGGGCGAGGGGGGCCCCACAGGAAUGGCGUCGUGUUCACAGGCCUGCUGUGGUGCUGGCAGGCAUCGGAGAUCCUCCAGACGCCACCAGAUGGCGGUGGUCGUGGUCGUCGCAGUCGUGGUCGUUAGCGCUGGUCGUCCUCGUCCCAGGAGGCAUCAGGAUGCCACAGAAAGACUCGACCGCCCCGCGCGGAGCCGGGAG